CUAAGCCACAAAUUGCCAAGCGUUAUCGACUUGAUAAAGAUUAUCAAAAAUUAAAGCAUAAUGAAAUUGAUAAGAUGAAUUCGAAUACUGCACAAAUUCCAAAGAUAUUACCGAUCGUCCCCAUUAAAAACAAAGUAUUAUUUCCUGGCACUGCCCUUCCUCUCCAAAUUGGCCGUAAAGAUACGGCGGCUCAACUUUUGCAAAGAAUUUAUAAAUCUGUAGAUACUAAAGAUUCUAAAUACUUCGUUGGGUGCGUUCCAGUUAAGCCUCCAGUACCUACUGCACAAAAUUCAACAAAUUCAGAGCAAAUUAACACUUCUUCAAAGAAAGUAACCGAGGAAACUUCCAAUCAAUCAACACUCACUUCAGAAUUACAUGAAUAUGGCUGUGUAGCACGUAUCAUUCGUCUGGAAAGAUCGGUCGGGGGAAUUGGGGGCAGAUUUUUCGUAGUUGUGGAAGGUAUUGCUCGAAUACACAUCGACCAGUACGUCUUUGGUAAGCCCUACCUCGAAGCUGAGGUAACUGUAUAUCCAGAACCAGUUAUACCAAAUGACGAUCAAGAAUUGCAAGAUUUAGCCAUUUCCUUAAAGUCAACUGGCCGCGAACUUUUUAUUAUUUUACAAGAUUUAAAGCUUCCUGUACAAAUGCUAACGCAGCUUCAGAAAUUCAUCGAUGGUGCUUCCCCUGGAUCAUUGGCAGAUCUAUUGGUCAGCACGAUCGAACCCCCUUAUGAAGAACAAUUGAAAAUUUUAGAUGCUCCCGAUUUAAAAAGCAGAAUGACUGCUGCCAUAGAUAUCUUGACUAGACAAAUACAUAUACUAAAAAUUACACAAAAAAUUCAUUCCACUGUCGAAGGAAAGCUUGAUAAGAAGCAUAAAGAAUUCUAUUUAAGACAACAACUUAAUGCCAUUAAAGAAGAAUUGGGUGAACGUGAUGAUACAUCCGCUGAAGAAGAUGAUGUUGCAGAUUUGACGAGACGAUUACAAGAGGCUGGACUAACACCAGAUGCUGAUAAAGCAUCUCAGCGAGAAUUAAAGCGGCUUAAACGUAUGCACCCGACACAAGCUGAAUAUCAAAUAGUUCGUACUUAUCUCGAAUGGCUCUCUGAAAUUCCAUGGAGUAAAGGUACAUCCGAUACAUUGGACAUUGAUAAAGCACGUUCACAACUUGAAGAGGAUCAUUAUGGUCUUGAAAAAGUAAAGAAACGCAUAUUGGAAUUUCUUGCUGUAUUAAAACUGAAGGGUGAUAUGAAGGGACCGAUUCUAUGUUUGUUAGGUCCGCCUGGCGUCGGUAAAACAUCGCUAGGGAAAAGCAUUGCCAAUGCACUUGGUCGUAAAUUUCAUAGAAUUUCUCUGGGAGGUGUCAGGGAUGAGGCUGAAAUUCGUGGACAUCGUCGAACCUACCUAGGUGCCAUGCCUGGACUUAUAGCACAAGGACUUAGGAGAGUAGGAGUCAAUAAUCCUGUCUUUUUACUUGAUGAAAUUGAUAAAGUAGGGCAUUUGAGUCUGCAUGGAGAUCCAUCUGCUGCACUAUUGGAAGUACUUGAUCCAGAGCAAAACAAUGCUUUUAACGAUCAUUAUCUCAAUGUCCCACUGGAUCUAUCUAAAGUUCUCUUUAUUGCUACAGCUAACCAAGUCGAUCCUAUAUUACCCCCAUUACUUGAUCGAAUGGAACUGAUCAGGAUUUCUGGCUAUACAUUUGAAGAGAAACUUCAUAUUGCUAAACGACAUUUAUUACCAAAACAAAUAGCAUCUCAUGGCAUAAAGCCCGAAUUUGUUAAAAUUUCGGAUGAAGCCUUGCUAAAAAUUGCUACUGGUUAUACUCGUGAAGCCGGUGUUAGGAACUUGGAGAGAGAGAUUGCCGGAAUAUGUAGAGCUAAGGCAGUAGAAUAUGCUAAUGCAAAUGAUAAUGGAAAAACGAAUACAUAUCGUUCAGAAGUUACUAUAAAUGACAUAGUGACUAUUCUUGGGGUGGAAAAAUUUGAUGAUGAUAUAGCUGAACGUAUGACAAAACCUGGUGUUGUCACAGGUCUAGCAUGGACAGCAACCGGUUCUGGCAGUAUUUUGUUCAUUGAAGCUACUCAAAUGACCGGAAAAGGCAAUCUUCAGUUGACAGGCAAAUUGGGCGAAGUUAUUAAGGAAUCCGCUCAAAUCUCUAUUUCGUGGGUACGGGCACAUUCAUUCCAAUUGGGAAUUACGACGGCAUCUACAGAAUCUACAUUCUUCUCUCAAAAAGAUAUUCACAUACAUUUUCCUUCUGGUGCAGUACCGAAAGAUGGUCCAUCUGCGGGUGUCGCCUUAAUAACAGCUCUUGUUUCCUUAUUUACACAUAGAUGUGUACCUUCUAAAACAGCUAUGACUGGUGAAAUUACAUUACGUGGUCAAGUGCUCCCCGUAGGAGGUAUUAAAGAAAAAAUUAUUGCAGCACAUCGUGCUGGCAUUAAUAAAGUUAUCCUGCCUUCACGAAAUCGUAAAGAUGUUGACGGAGAUGUACCAGUAAAUGUAAAGGAAAACAUUAGAAUCGUGUACGCUGAUAAUGUUUAUGAUGUUUUACAAGCAGCAUUUGAUGGGGAAAAAAUAUGGAUGGAACCUUCUUCAAUAGUAGAAGUCGAGAGUCGACUUUAA